AUGGAGAGCCAAGAAGCUAAUUGUGUGAUUGAGAUCCCCCCUGCUUCUUCUUUUUCUUCCGAGAGGGCUUUGGAGAAUUGGAGGAAGCUAUCUGCUGCCCUCAAGAACCCUAAGAAGCGAGGGUUUCUCUUCAACCCCGCAGCUCGCUCCCGUUGGAUGAAGCAGCAGGAAGAACACGUUCAGACCGCAAUGCAAUUAGUGAAUUCUCACCGUGAUCGGUUGUCUAACAGCAAGUUGCCUUUGCUUGGCACUAGUUCCGGUGAUGAGUCAAGGCAUACAACAAAGGCUUCUUCAACAGUAUGGGUCUUUUUACUCACGAACCUCUGCCUAGAGACAUUAUCAGCCAUCUUUGAUCAAAUUGCCUCUCCAAGCAAGCCUGACUAUGCCCUAUUUGGAAUGGUGUUGGCCAUUUCAGCUGUGCUCACUUGCAUCGUGGAGCUCAUUCACAAGGGUAAAAAGGAAGGAGUUGAACUAAAAAGAUGGGGAAAGUUAUGCUGGUUUUAUUAUCCACCUCCCAAUGGCUCACUUUUUGGUACUUUCCCAGAUAUUUGUGGAUUAGUCAUUGCCAUUUCACAGUAUAUUUGCUCUACUCUUCAGUAUGUUUAUCUCUGUAGGCAUGUUAAUAACCCUAUCAAACUCUCCGUUUUGCCGGCAAUCUUUCUUAUUUGCUUGGCUGGUUCAACACUAAUUAGGAACAGAAGCUACACCACAGAUGAGACCUUGAAACAUGCUACUCAUCAUCUUACAAAGACUAAUUAUCUCUGUAGAUUUUGGCAUUCCGUUUAGUACGUUUUAGUUUGUACCAGUCUUAAUUCGCACAGAUUAAUAUAUGUCCACAACCAUCUCUUCAGGUUAUCGUUGUAGAUUGUGGUAGGGGAGACCAAGUAGCUCGGAUGAAGUAUUCAAUUAUCUAUGUAUCUAAUGUAAAGCAAUUUAUCAGUUUAGCUUAAUUAGUAGAGGCUUUGUCAGUGUACUCCAUGCAAAACUUUUGACGGGAGAAAGAGACGAGAGUAAAUGAGGGGCAACAGGUCAAAACGGGUGUAGAAAUCUCCAAAAUACAGGGAAGGGAGGAAUCAUCAGAAUAUCUUCUGCUGAAACACCAAAGACCCUAUGAAUGCCUAGAAGGUUGGCCUUAAAAGUGACAUUCAAGAAGAGCCAGAGCCAGAGCUACUGCCCUUCUGUACCUUUUUUUCACCUACAAUGUAUUAUCUCUGUCUCCAAAAAAUGCAGUAUAUCAACCAAAAUAGAAAGACAAGAAUAUCGAUAG